GCUAACGCCCGUAAGUGUUUACGUGGUCUUUGAUGGAUUUCUAGUGAUGUUUUUGUGUUUUUUGAAAUAAAAUAGAAUCACAAUGGUAGCUCGCCCAAGGUCUCCGCAAGGCGCUCUUAUUCCGCAGUUCUACGCAGGAAAGGAAAUCUUCAUCACAGGAGCAUCAGGCUUUUUGGGAAAGGUGUUGGUAGAACGUCUUCUGUCCACAUGUCCAGAAGUAGCUCAGCUUCAUCUCCUUAUGAGACCAAAGAAGGGUCUGCUACCUGAUAAAAGAUUGCUGCAGCUGAAACAAUCACAGGUUUUCGAUAUUCUUCGCCAGAAGGAUCCCCAACAGUUGAACAAAUUGAGCAUCAUUCCCGGAGACGUUACGCAGCCUAACCUGGGUAUUUCCGAAGAAUAUUUGAAGAAACUUGAUAAGGUUUCAAUAGUAUUCCAUAGUGCAGCUACUGUCAAGUUUGACGAGCUUCUAGGAUGCGCUGUGGAGCAGAAUAUCCGGUCAGUUAUACGAGUCAUGGACAUCUGUGAUAGUCUACCCAAUAUUGAGACUCUGAUCCACGUUUCGACGGCGUACUCAAAUGCUGAGCAUCCUCGUGUAGAGGAGAGGGUGUACAAGUCACCUGAGGAGUUGUCCAAAUUGCUGACCCUCGUAGACGUGCUACCAACCGACUUAUUGCAGAAGAUAACGCCAGAAUAUAUUGCCCCUAAAGCGAACACCUAUAUAUUCACGAAAGCCAUGGCUGAAAGCGUGGUCUUCUCAAGGAGUUCCAAGAAAUACUCCAUUGCAAUCUUCCGACCCACAACAGUUGUUGCUUCGCUCAGUCACCCAUUUCCUGGAUGGGUUGAAAACCUGAACGGUCCACCUGGAGUAAUAGCCACGGCUGGUAAAGGAAUACUCCACGUGUUCAGAAUAGACAAGACUAAGGUGGCUGAUCUUCUGCCAGUGGAUAUUGCUGUAAAUACCUUGAUAGCUGUUGGUUGGGAGACCACGGUUGAUAAGUUAGACACAAUUCGCGUUUACAACUCCAGUACUUGCGAGAAUCCAAUUACGUGGAAUAUGUUUGAGUUGUACAUGAGGAAAUAUCUUCGGGGUGAGAGCCCAUUGGACAAUGCAAUAUGGUAUCCUUCAGGAUUUAGUCUCGAAAACAAAUACACGCAUAUGUUCUUCGAGUUUUUAUUGAAUUCUCUGCCGCUUUAUAUCUUAGAAUUUAUCUUAAGGGGAUUAAGGAUUGACAUAAAGAUAAAUCUUAUUAGAGUAGCGCAAAAAACAAAAGCUAUGAGCAGUUUACUAGCUUACUUCACUAUGAGGGAAUGGUUUUUCUACACAGAGAAUGUGAAGCGUUUAAUGAAUCGGCUUACGCCGGAAGACAGAGCCAUCUACAAUUUGGAUCCUACGACCAUAGAUUGGGAAAACCUUAUGGAGAACUUCUUAUUAGGAACGAGGAGAUAUAUUUUAAAAGAAAAGGACGAGAAUCUUCCAAAGGCCAGAAAGCAUAUGAGAAGGCUGCGCUACGUCCACAAAACUGUAAUGCUCUUCGCAAUACUGUUAUUUAUUCGAUUCUUAUUACAAAACAGAUUCGUUCGUUAUUACGUCUCAAAUGGUCUGAAGUAUUUGAUGUCUUACGUGUUAGCAUGACAUAACCAAUUAAAUUUACGUAAAUAGCACUUAAUAUUUACAAUGAUUACCCUACUGCUUAUAUUCAAUUUAUUCUCUCUUCUUCUCUCCCUCUCUCUGUCUCUCUUCCACGUCCUUAUUUCUAUCUCACUAUGUCUAUUUUAUGUUUAAGAAUGUACCCAUCUGUAUUGUUUCUAAAAAAGUAAAUAUAAAAAUAAAUGAAGUUUAAAAUUCUUGGACAAAAAUAUGACUUGACAAAUUUUUUAGUAAAGGUUACGUCAUAUAAUGUUUGAUUUAUUAGAAACAAAAUACUAUCGGGCGUAACGUGUCCGAAAUAAAUUGUGAUCUAGGCGCUGCGGAGCGGGGUCGCUAACCGCUGUGAUGUCACAACACUCCACUCAAAAUGGUGAGAGUGGGCCUCUAAGCGGCGUGUGAUCUAUGACGUCACACGGUUAUUUCACGCCGUAUGAAUAAUGUGGAAACAAAAAUUAUCGCAACCUAAAAACUACUCGCUUGAUUUUAUUGAAAAAAAAAAAACUAUUAAGCAAAAAAAGAAAUACUAUACAAUAUAUAUUUUUUCUAUUUCAUAUACUAUUUUGCUCUAUCACUCAACUAAAAAUUUUAUGUCAAUAUAUUAGUACUGAUUUUUUACAGGCACUACUGCCGUGUGCCUGAAAAUAGAUUACAAUAUGGUAGGUAGGGAGUGAAAAAUAAUAAUGAGCGACGCUAUUUUUGAUUAUUUUCUCUAUUGACUUGGCUAAUAUUAUAAAACACUGAUAUUAAUAUUUUCAUGUUUAGAGUCAUUAGCUGUUAAUGCAAUAACUAGUUUUAAUUUCAUUUAAUUUUGGGUCGUAUCUAUUACGAUGCUAUGGGUUAUUACGGUUUCUUUUAUGGGAAGAUUAUGACGUCAUUAAUUUUUCAAAUAAUAGUAAUGAAUUUUGGGAUAGCUCAUACACAAUGAUCAUUUCGUUAAAUCCCUCCCAAAAUAUACCGUCUAUGACCCCGCGCGUUGGAACAGGGCGUUCACGUGACGCCAGCCGGCAGUCUGUUUGCAAACCAAAGAGUAUAAUAAUAUAUAGGGAAAAGCGAGCCCUCUCUAUGCAUUAUGAGCUGUCUAUUUGAAAACUAGCGCCAUCUGGAGAUUGGCCCCGAAAAUAACUAUGUAUAAGCUGCAAAUUAUAAAAUUCAUUUUUAAAGUUGUCGUAAUUAAAUAACUAACUCUACUUUUCAAUGUAGGUAUAGCAAUUUUUUACCAUGUUGAAAUUGCGCGUAGAGUUAGUUAUUUAAUUUUGUCACAACAUUGAACAUAAAGGACAGAUUUAGUAGUGUAAAUAUGCAAAAUGGAAGAUGAGAGCUACAUACAUGCGCAAACGCUAGAAGUAGCCGCCAUUUAAUGACCAGUGGGCAGUGACAAAAAUAAAGAGAAGUUGAAAGGUUUCAAAGCGAGUGACAGCUGACAAAGCUUUCAUUUUCGGGCCAACUAACAGAUGGCACUACAGUCUUCUGGAAACGUCACUUUAAGGCGUCUGUCCCACCCCUGUUGCAAACUGUACUUUUGAUAGGUGAGUUUAAGAGUGUACGCCUGAACCUGACGUCACUAUGGUGUCACAAAGAUGGCACUUUAUCCCUAAAUUAACGUGCGGGGUUAUACCUAGUAACAGACUGGCUGUCACCAAACCUACUUUAAGCAUUCGUAUAUUGACAAAGGUCGUCCUGUGUGAUAUUCUAAAAAAAUGUUCAAGAGUAAAAGUUGUGUUAAAUAUUUGUAUUAGCAAUUUGUUACACAAAGCCACACGGGUGUGUGUCCUUGUUAAAUAAGGUUGUGUAUUAUGAUUUAAGGUUAUAUUAUGUACUAUCUCACUCGGCUGGUUUUGAAUUCUUAACACAAACCUACUACCCGGUCAUAUUAUCUGUGGACCUGACGUCGAUGACAUCACAUCGCUUUGUUACGCGGUGUGCAAAACAAGCAUCACUAGGACAUUAUUAUUAAUAAAUAAACAACGAUUUAUUUUUAACGAUUCUAGAUUAUUGAUUGAUGUAAAGGUUGUGAUGCUGAUUAUUAUUAUCAUAAUGAUGAAAAAUCAAUGACAAAUUCUGGGCUAAGUAUAAAAAGUAUUUAUUUUUCUGGGAGUACUAGAAUAGACACAGAACAACAGUAACUUCAGAACUAUUAACAACAAAUGUCAAAACAUAACAAUGAAAAAUUAAAAAAAAACUAUUUAGAGCACGACUAUACGAAAAUAUCACGACAUGUACUUAACGGUAAUGAUAGCUGCUAGCCGUACUGACGCAACAGGAUGAGCGCAAGAUGGUGAAAGGAGAAUGGGGGGAGGGGGCUUCACGUUCCAGAGAGAUCCAGAGAUAAUGUGGUCGUGUAGUAGGUACUUAGCGAUAACAAUUCAACAAUCUAAAUUUAUUUCAGCCUAAACUGUCAGUUCUAGUCUAGUUUUUUGGUACAAGGUAGAUGUUAUAUGCUCAGAUAUCAUUUAAAACAAACUUUCUCUCAAUAAUUGAAUUUAAAAUGAUAUUUAUUAUUUUCGAACGAUAAAUUCCAAGCAAAAUAUCUCGAUAUUUUUAAAAAAAACACUCCCCAGUUUGGCCGCCUGCGAGAAACAUGGAUCGGAUUUUUAUGAAGCGUUUGAUAUGCGACAUCACUUCUUUACCAAACUAACUUACAUUUAUUGACCUUUACUAAUGUACAAUUUUUUUCCAAUUGUUAUUGUUUUCUUAAAAAUGUCUGACAUACUUUACGGAAAUCUAAAUCCUUGUAAAACGUAUUUUGUAUUAACACUUGAAAAUAUUAUUUAAAGCAAUCAAUGUUUUUUAUAAUGACUAGUUUGCUACUAGCGUAUGUUUGAAUAUGUAUCUAUUCAUCAAAAAAAAAUUGUACUUAAUGUAUAUGUAGUAACAAAGGUUACGUGAGGAAAAUGUAAGCUAUAUUAAUAAAAAAAAAUCAUAAUCGUCAUAUA